GGUCCUUCCUUACCGGCAAAGGCAGUCAACUUUGACCAACUUUGAGGGCGCAGUAAAUGCGGUUGCCACAAAUGCGAGAUAGAGUUAUCAAGUGUGUGUGUUUGGAGGUGUGUGUUGGAGGUGACAGGUCGUGGGAAUAGUUGGGCAUGCGAAACCAUCAUCGGAGGCCGGCAAAACCAGGAUUCAGGACUCAGGAUCCAGGUCAUCUAACUGUCACGUGCCUAAGCAACGCAAUGCAGGUGCCACCGACAGAUCCCUUGGGGAAUAGAAAACCCAGAGCGGGUUUGCUGCAGUGCAUCCCAUCCAAAGCCGGGCGUGACAAAUAUUUAUUAACUGCCACAAACAGCGGCCAUCAACUUAGGGCUUUGAUCCGAGCAUUAGAGAGCUAAUAAAAAAUUGAUUCCGACUUCGUCAAUUGUCACAAAUAAUGAUUACCACGCAUUUUCGGAUACCCAUCCUGGGGGCAUGACACGCAUCAAAUUGCAUUUAGUUUGUCAUUGGCCUUUUGGGUGGGUUGACUUUUCCUGGGGGGGGUUUCGGGUUUGGGCUUUGGCAAACAAAGGACCGUAAUGCGACGGCUGUCAGUCACGUG